AUGAAAUACAGGACGGCGGUGAUGUACAUGGAGAUCGGCUGCUUCGUGGUCUGCCUGUCGGGGUGGGCCUUGGUGUGCUCCACCCUGCCCACCGAAUACUGGAACUACUCCACCAACGACCAGGCCGUCCUGACCACCUCUAACUUCUUCUCCAACCUGUGGAAGGACUGCGUUUCUGAUUCCACUGGGGUAUCCGAUUGCAAGGAAUUCCCAUCUCUUAUGGCGCUUGACUUGAACAUCCACAUGUGCCGAGCUCUCGUCAUCAUGGCCAUCAUACUGAGCUUCUUCGGAGCUGUUCUCUCCCUGGUGGGAAUGAAGUGCACCAAGAUCGGCGGGUCAGAUGUUGCCAAUACAAGAGUCACUUUCGCAGCAGGAAUAAACUACAUGGUCGCAGGGUUUUGUGCCAUGAUUGCAUACUCCUGGUAUGGAAAUAAGAUCCGGAAAGAAUUUGUCAAUCCUAAUUUCAAGGCCUCAAAAAAUGAAAUUGGAGCAGCUAUUUUCGUGGGCUGGGGGGGGUCCUCUCUGCUCAUCAUAGGGGGCUUCAUUUUCAGCUUCUUCGCCAAGAUGGAGGGUCUGCAGUGCAGACCCACCCUCCAGUUGGAGUCCGCGUCCUGCACACCAGCUCAAACGCGGAGAACCACCAUAAUAUCACUGCCACUCAGAGAGGCGUCCGAGGGCAGAAAGACCAGGGCCACCAUGACCCUCAGCAGAGCCCCCACUGACACCUACGUAUAGCCUACUGCACCCUGUCCCUGGCUCAAUAAGGGAGGGGCUUGUAUUCACUUCUUUAACCAAUCACAGGCUUAACCGUGUGACAUCACCACAUUAAUUAAAACCAAAGUGCACAGAUUUCUAGGGUGUACCUGUUUUAUUGUUACUGCCUUUUGUUAUAUAUAAAGCAAUGAAAUGAAAUGAA